AUGAAUCAAGGGUACCUAGAGCUUUCUCCCAAUGUUUUGGCGAGUGACCGGUUAGUGGCCAAUAAAGCCCAAGUUGAUGGCAUUCUUCUCUGCGGCUGGAACUCGAGGACCUACGGGGCACUCCAUACAGAGCAAGCAAGUCUUAGGGAGGAGAUGCCUGCACAAGGACCUCCAUUCUCAUUAGGAGGUCGAACCAAUGACCUAAGGAAGUCAGGGCUGCCAAAGGAUAAUGCGGAAAUAAGAGUAACAACAUUCAAUUUGCAAAGUGCCAUUUGCCGCUAA